CCCCACAAACAAGCUGCCACUGACGGUGUCCUGCUCGGAGACAGAGGACUUUUAAACCCAGACAUCUUUAAUCAUAAAAGAUACAAGAGGAGCCUCUUCCACAAAGAGACACAUGUUUGUGUGGAGACUCUGACGCGUUUCUGAGUUAUUUGUCCGAUCACAGGAGGAGUGAAUGGAGCAUGUUCCCUAAGUGUUCACUGGCUCUGCACGGCCUCUCCAUGGAGGACAGCGGUGCGCACUACACCAAAGACGCGCUCCGGUUCGGGCUGCCCCUGCACCUGGACGCUUCAUACCUGGACCCGGUGCACGGCCACAUGUUGCCCUACAGACGCUUGUCCUACUUCCCUUUCCAUGGAGCCCUUGGCGUGUGCGAUUACUCCUUCGAGCCCGCGUUCAUCCGCAAGAGGAACGAGCGAGAGCGGCACCGGGUGCGCUGCGUAAACGAGGGCUACGCGCGGCUCCGGGAGCAUCUGCCACAGGAGCUUGAGGAUAAGCGGCUGAGUAAAGUGGAGACUCUGCGGGCGGCCAUAGAUUAUAUCAAACACCUGCAGAGCCUGCUGGACUUCAACGUGUCCGGGAUGGAGGAGAUGCAGACAUUUGGAGACAAGCGCUGCCGGGCGCCACGGCCGCAGAGGACAGAGUGUAGCAGUGAUGGAGAAUCCAAAGCUGGCCUCAGUGACAGUGGAGAAACUGUAUAGUUUUCACACACACUCAACUUUUCUAUGACAAUAUGUGUAUUAAUUAUACAACACUGAAGUGUAAAUAAAGGGUCAGAAUUAAAUAAAACAUGCCUACUGUAUUUAAGUAUUCUGUUAAACUU